AUGGAAUGCAAAAAUACAACCAAUGCAACUCUAGGAUUUGAGAGACAAUUGCUAUUGUGGAUGUGGAAUUAUCACAUUGCUGCUUAUAACAUUGCUGCCAUGAUAUUUUCUGGACUAAUAAUGUUUGUUGGUGUGAUCGGAAAUGGUUUUGUAGUGUAUGCAUAUGGCAUGAAAUUUAAGCGAACAACAGCCAACACUUAUAUUCUCUGGCUGGCUAUUUUUGAUCUUGCCUGCUGUUGUCUCAGCAUUCCCUUUGAGAUAUAUGUGAUAGGAAACCCGGUGCUGUUCGACAAUGAUAUACUCUGUCGAGUCUUCAGAAGUGUUUCAAUGCUGACAUACGCUUGUGAGGGAUUAAUGUUGAUGUGCAUUGCUUUAGACAGAUACCAAAAAAUAUGCUCGCCCAUACCGUAUUCAAACGCCAAUCCAAAAAUAAGAGUGUUGAUUCUCAUAACCACUGCAAUUGUCAUUUCCUGGACGUCAGCAUGCAUUUAUGGUAAAAGCACAGUUAAAAAUAAUUGCAUACCCGGACUUGUAGGCAGCACAUGCGCAAUAGCAGAUGAUGUCCAAUUUUCCAUGUUUGUAGGCCUUUUUUACGGAUUUCUUUUAACCGUGUUCGUGACUUCAUUCUGCAUUAUGUUUUUCUUAUACUUAAGAGUCUUUAAGCGAAUUUGGCAGUGGAAACGUUCUCAGAUACAAAAUACAAACAUACCUCGAAUUGAUAGCGGAGAUUCACUUAGUUCUCAGGGAACCUGCACGCGAGACAGCCUAACAAUAUACGAAGUCAGGAGGUCUUCAUCUCUGUUUUCAAUUUCUCGAGACUGUGAUCACGUGAUGCUGAACGAGAUUCAAUGGAGCAGUCAUUCGAAACUUCAUCGGAAAGCUCAACUGACCAAAACCACCGUCAUUCUUUCUGCAGUGACGCUGUCGUUUCUUUUUAGUUACCUCCCUUAUCUUCUUAGUCAGAUACUUCUGAAAAGCUCAGUUGUAAAUAUUGAAGAUCUUUCACCUACAAGCAGGGCGUUUUAUGAAGUUCUGGUGAAGACAUAUUGUAUAAACAAUGCAACAAAUCCAAUAAUUUAUCUCAUCUAUAAUAAGCAGUUCAGACUGACUGUCAAAGAACUAUUUAUAAAGCCAUGAUGACUUUAAUAUGCAAAGAGAAGUUGAUAAAUACGGAAUUCAAAUAUUGACUUUAAAUGCAUGUGUGUCGAUUUUUAUCACGUUUUCCCAUUUAGAGAAAAAUAACUAAUAAUGAAUGUUGUGAUCAUUUAUUUUCAUAAGUUAUUGUGUGGACUAUGAAAUAUUGUAUU